AUGGAAGUUCCUCGCACCACCGACAACCCGGUCGAUGACCCCCGUAUCACACUCCGCCUCAAAUGCGGCAUCCACACCAUCUUCCUCUUCGUCAUGCUAGACUGGACCUUUGCCAAGGUCUCCGAGGAGCUUCUCCAGAUUCUCCUCGAUCGCUACCCCAACGGUCUUACAUUCAGCGUCGGCGCCGAACCGAUCCCUCUUCCCGAAGGCGAUGUUAAGGUCGUCUAUGGAAUUCCUAGAAACUCCAACGGGGAUCUGAGCCAUGGGUGGAAGAGGCUAAAGGUGGAGGACGACGACACGGUAGAAUCUUCCAAGAUUGCCGACGUGAGCGCUGUGGCUUUUGCCCUGGUUGAUCCUGAGUUGGCGGGCAAUGCGACGUUUGAUGUCACUGUUCCGCAGUUGGAGGAAUAUGAUGAAGAGUACUAA